UUUGUGCGCUACAAACAUGCUGUCUGCCCUUUUAAUUAGAAAUAUUCGAAACGCUAGCAAAUUGGCAUCGGUCGCUGGUCCAAACUCUGAUAGAAUUGUGAAUGUAAAAUGGAGUGAUGGAAAAACUGGUGUAUUCCCGUUAAUCUGGUUGCGGGACACAUCUCCAGAUCCAUCAACCUACACAAUUAGCCCCGCAAUGACUGCUCGUAAGCUGACAAUGUUAGAGUUCGACGUGGAACAAAACGCUAGAAAAUUAUGGAUUGAUGAGGAUGCAAACUGUUUAAAAAUUGAAUGGGAAUCCGGAGUUUUGAGUGAAUUCCCGUCGGAAUGGCUGAAAAUCCGAAACCCAUCAGAUCAAGAAGCACGUCGUCGAAGGAGGAAGGUCUACUUGUUUCCGGAACAAACGUGGGGAAAAGCGGAAAUUGAGGGAAAACUGAAAAAGUUCAGUCAUGAAGAGUUUAUGAAGAAUGAGCAGGUAGUUCAUGACUUCCUGCAAGCAGUUUGUAUCGAUGGAAUUGCCGUUUUGAAAGGAGCUCCACAAGGUGUCAGAGGGGCUGUUGAAGCAAUUGGAGAUAGAAUUGGAAUGAUUAAAAGGACGCAUUUUGGGUUAGUUUUCGAAGUGAGCUUGAAAGCAGACGCCUCUAACAUGGCUUAUGCUUCAAAUGGGGGACUACCAUUUCACACGGAUUUUCCGUCUUUGUCACACCCUCCACAGCUCCAAAUGCUCCAUAUGCUACAAAGUGCGGAAGAAGGAGGACAUAGUCUAUUUGUUGAUGGAUUUCAUGUCGCAGAGCAGCUCCGAGUUGAAAAGCCAGAGAUCUUCAAAAUCUUGACCACUCAAUCCAUGGAAUACAUUGAAGAAGGAUAUGAUGUUCAUGAGAUUAAUGGAAAAACUAUACGCUUUGAUUAUGACAUGUGUGCAAGGCACAAGGUUAUUCGGCUGAAUGAUGACGGAAAAGUCAAUAAGAUACAGUUCGGAAACGCCAUGCGCAGUUGGUUCUACGAUUGUGAGCCAAGCAAGGUUCAGGAUGUUUAUAGAGCAAUGAAAACAUUCACCGAAUACUGCUAUCAACCACGCAAUAUGCUGAAAUUCCGGCUUGAAGACGGUGACACCGUUUUAUGGGCUAAUCAACGAUUAUUACACACUCGAGAUGGAUUCCGAAAUGCCCCAGAAAAGGCCAGAACACUGACGGGUUGCUAUUUCGAUUGGGAUAUUGUAAAGUCACGAGUUCGAUUUUUAAGAGAUAAACUAUCACUGGAGCAGAAUCAACCUUCUGCUUAAUUGUCGAAUCUUUGAUUUUUUUGUUUCUUUUUGUUUGUAAAUACUAUUUUUCAAAUUAAAGUGAUUUACAUUUG